UUCACGACGACUGAGCGUUUGGGUGCAGACGACCCCUGGUAUUGUCCCAAAUGCAAGAAACAUCAAAUGGCGUCCAAGAAGUUCGACUUGUGGUCUCUCCCAAAGAUUCUGAUCAUACACUUGAAGAGGUUUUCCUACUCGAGGGUUUAUCGUGACAAACUGGAUAUCCUGGUCGACUUUCCCCUCCAGUCCUUAGAUAUGGGCGAAUACUUACUCAAUAACCCCAACAAUGAAUCAAAAACAUAUGAUUUAAUAGCGGUGGCCAACCAUUACGGUGGGCUGGGAGGCGGCCAUUACACGGCGUACGCCAAGAACUAUCACACGGGAAGCUGGCAUUACUUCGACGACUCGAACGUGAGUGUGGCCUCCGAGGAGAACGUGGUGUCCAAAGCG